AUGCAUCAUCAAAUAGUCGCCCUCGAUGCGUGGCAUCUCUGCGAGACGAAAUCAGCCUCGCCGCAAGAGAUUCACGAUCGCGUCAAAGACGCCAGCAUCAUUGCCGUCACGGUCACUCCGCUUGACGCCUCGACCCUCUCCGCAGCCGUGACGCCAAACCUCCGUCUGGUGGUGGUCAUUGCAUCCGGCACGGACGGCAUCGACAAGCGACGAUGCGAAGAAAGGGGCAUCAGGGUGCUGAACUCGCCCAGCGCGAAUACGGAGAGCGUUGCGAACCAUGCCUUGGCAAUGUAUUUUGCGUGUCGCCGGCGCUUGUUGACGAUGCACCACGCCGUGUUUCGGACGGACGAGUGGAAGAGACAGGGGACGGUGAUGAGGAAGAUGCUUUCUAGAGAUGGUGGCUUGCCAUUAUCUUGUCAAGAAGAGGUAGUGGGGAUUGUCGGAUAUGGUGCAAUAGGGCAACGUGUUGCUCAAGCAUGCCGCGGCCUUGGAAUGACUGUCUUGAUUGCUUCUCGGAAAGUCGCAGCGGGGACAGAGACCAUUUCCAAUGGCAGAACCCCCUUCACAGAGGUUCUGCGCCGAUCAUCAGUCAUCGUGCUAUGCUUGCCCCGGAAUCCAGACACGAUCAACAUGAUAUCCGACGACGAGUUUCGGACAAUGUCCCGAAAGGCGAUCGUGGUCAACGUCACGCGCGGGGGCAUUGUAGACGAGCAUGCCUUGCUGAGAGCGCUCAGAGGCGGGCUGAUCGACGGGUGUGCUACGGACGUGUUUCUGAAGGAGCCUUCCGGAGCGGGCGAGCACUGGCAGGACGGCGAUAGCCCGAUUCUCGGCUUGAGCGAGGCCGAAGCGGACGAGGUGAACUUGGUGGUUACGCCUCAUGUGGCGUGGUGCGCGAGCGCGACCAUGGACAACUACUUGCAGACUUUUAAGCAGAAUGUCGAGGAUUGGUGUGCUGGGAAGUUGUCAAACGUUGUGGUCUAA